UCAAUGUAAUCUCCGCACUGCUCCUUUAAAUCAGUGACCACCUGCGUGUCUAGCGUCAGCAUCGUCCGCAGUCGCCGCGAUGGCGAUCGAUACAGGCAGUGAAAUGUUCAAAGUGGGAUAUUUUGGGAAAGGCUCGGCAUGCACAGGGAGAGAAAUGCGAUCGACGAGAGACAUUCAUGCAACCUGGUACCAAAUGGAAGGUCAAGCACUUAGGAGCCAGUCCACCUGUGAGGACCACAUCUGAGACCUGAACGCCAGGAUGACCUCAACACAUUGUUAACAAUGUCCCGCCGUCAGGAGCAGGAGGUGGAAAAACCAUAGCAACAGACGUGUCCUGAGGAUGCCUCUCUGAUUUAUCAAGAUUGCAUCACAGUCUGAAGCAUCAUCCAAGAAUGGCCUUCUGCUCAGUUGAAGGAAGACACGCUGUGCCAUGAUAUUGCCAUGGAAGACCAACUGCCGGAGGACAACUUAACGUGCGUACCACAACAAUAAUCAAACAUGUACCGUCUUUUGGGCUGACAUCUCCUGAAAAAUAGCUGCCAUGGCUUUUUGUAACGAAAGCCUGCUGGAGGAGGAGUGCGGCUUCAUGGGGCCUGACAUGGUAGAAGAAGCAGCGGAAAGUCUCCCGUCAGAAGCUGCUAAUCCCCUCAUAUCAGUCACUCUGCGCGUGACCCUGGCCGCCAUAAUGAUCUUCAUGAUUACGAUUGGUUUCCUCGGCAACGCCAUCGUGUGUCUGAUUGUUUACCAGAAACCUGCCAUGCGUUCUGCUAUCAAUCUCCUCCUCGCCACGUUGGCCUUUUCGGACAUUAUGCUCUCCCUGCUCUGCAUGCCCUUCACUGCAGUCACCGUGGCCACUGCCGACUGGAGCUUUGGAAGCGGUUUCUGCCGAGCGUCCAUCAUGCUGUACUGGCUGUUCGUCCUGGAGGGGGUGUCCAUACUCCUCAUAAUCAGUGUGGACCGUUUCCUCAUCAUUGUGCAGCGGCAGGACAAGUUGACCCCACACAGAGCUAAACUGUUGAUUGCGGGUUCAUGGGUGCUGAGCCUGUGUGUGUCUCUGCCGUCUGUAGUCGGGUGGAGGACGGGUGCAGCAGGUAUUGGGGGUGCCUGGGCGCCGCAGUGUGUGCUGGGUUACAGCGAUUCUCUGGCAGACCGUGGGUACACGGUGCUGUUGGCAGUUGCGGUAUUCUUUGUACCGUUCACUGUCAUGCUGUACUCUUACAUGUGCAUCCUCAACACUGUGCGCCGCAACACCCUGCGCAUCCACAACCACACCAGCGAGCAUUCCUGCCUGCCAGCGCUCAACCAAGUCAGCAAGAUGAGACUUACCGGCCUGCAGCGGCCCCCUCAGAUCAAGGUGGACAUGAGCUUCAAGACCCGAGCCUUCACCACCAUUCUCAUCCUCUUUGUCGGCUUCUCUGUGUGCUGGUUGCCGCACACAGUGGUCAGCUUGCUGGCCGUGUUCAGCCGGCAGUUCUACUACAGCUCGGUCUUCUACCCAAUCAGCAUAGGAGCCCUGUGGCUCAGCUACCUGAAGACGGUCUUCAACCCCGUCAUCUACUGCUGGAGGAUCAGGAAGUUCAGGGAGGCCUGUCAGGAGUUCAUUCCCAAGAGCUGCAGACUGUGUCCCAGAGUGCCGGGCCGGAGCCGCAGGAGAGUGAGGCCCAGCAACAUCUACGUGUGCAGCGAGACUCAGUCAGCUGUGUGAAACAAGGAGGGCCAGUUUGUCGAUGCCCAUUAAGCAGGUGUUGACGUCGACUGUUUUUAACUCUUACUUUUCCUCUUGAUAAGCAAUCAAAUCUCACCUUAAACACAUAUUGACAAAAGAAACUUUCAAUCUCAAUUUUAAAGCAAGCAAGGAUUAGAAGAGAAGGAUUCUCAGACAACUGGAGAACUCCCUCCAUUGAGGAAGGUCAUGUGAUAUGAUCGUAAACCUCCAUUACAGCUACUGAAUAGACCUGGUGGUGAGAUUAUUGUGUCUGCUGCUUUCAGUCUCAAGAUAAAGCAGUUGUUUUUAACUUUGUGGCCAUUAUGGUUUCUGAGAUUUACUGCCAAAUUAUUUCAUAUCAUCCAUUUUCAAUUUACUUCUCCAUUUCAAAAUGAGUCCCUGAUGUGAUUCAUUAAUGGCAUUCUGUUUCUUCAGACUGUAGACAAAAAAGAAUCAUGCACAGUACUAGUGUUCAAUGAAGUCCAUAAGCUUUCAACUGAUGUCUUUAAAAGAAAAUCAUAAUUUGAAUGACAUUUGUGCAGAAACAUGGCCUUGUGUGAGUUGCAACUGUUAUUUAAAACUGUGCGUGUGUCAACAAAGAAGUGUGUCAGUUAUUGAGCUGUGAAUGGUUACUUGAAUGUAUUAUCUUUUCAUAAAUAAAGGAACCAGGUUAACAAAUUCAGUUUGUAAAAAAGUUUGCUGAGUGCUUGGAUGAAAAACACAGUCUAGACAUCCGCUUUUACAAUGAAUAUGGUCGCUGGGAUACCAAAGACAUCUAUUCACUUUGAGUGGAUGUACAGUAUCUCUACAUACAGACAUUUGUGUAUUUAAUUCUAUCAGCUUAGCUAAUACCAUUGGAAGAAAGAGGCUAGCACAGACAUUUGAACUAUCGUUUUCGCAAAUGAACACCUGUGAACAAAUGAAGUGAAUGCACUGUGGUGUUAAAUAUGUUUGGCAUUUUGAUAUGAAUACAGGUUGUCGGUUGUAAUGAAGUACCGCAUUAAACAGGAAGAUGGCGCUGUUCAUUCAUUGCAAAUAUGGAUAGCUCCAUUUCCUGCUGAACUCUCAGCCUGAAAUGCCAUUUUGUUUCACUUCAUUCACUUACAUGAAUUGCUGAAGAAAUUCGAGAUGCUUGCAGUGAUCCUGCAGGUCUGGCACCAGGUCACCAAACAGCAACUACCUUUUCACAGGCUGGGCUGGUUUAGACAUGUGGUCUUCCUUUUUUGAUAUAGCAAAACUGCUCAUGUGAUUAUCAGUUUAUCAGCUAUAUUUAAAAUGGUGAAUCAAAACCAUGGCACCUGGUGCUGUUUAAUAAUGGUUUAUACCUGAAAGUCGCAUGACUCAAGGAAGGUAUUGUCAUCACACACAUUAACAGUACAUACUUACUCACAUAAAUACAUUUAACCAUGUGCCAACACAUGACAACCAACAUACUCUCCCUCUUAAUUAAGAUCACAUGGUCGCUUCUAAUUCACAUUACUGUCUUAAUUUAAUCAGUUAAGUUACAACAAACCAUUCAACUGCAGAGACGUCAGGAGAAGGGACUUUUUAUGCUCUGAUCUGAGGCUGAGACUCGUCCGAGGCUGCACUAGUUUCCUAUAACAGGCGCAACCAGUAUAAGCUCAGGAACAUGGUUUGAAAAAAAGCCUGCAUAUGAAUUUGGAAACUCUGUAUGUUGGUCUACAAUCCCACAAAUGAGUUACAUUCAUUUAAAGUUGUAAAAGAAACUUAAAACAUCAACCUGACAGAUGAUAAAAGAUAAUUCUGCCCUGGGUCACAUUUUCUUAUAUAUUUUUUUGUGUUCAUUUUGUGUGGCAAUUCUUGAAUGGUAUUUUAGGCGUAUAGGUCAGCCUGAAAAUAAAUCACAUUAAAGGUUGUAAUGUAUGAAGCAUAUACCUGUAAUCAAAUUUCAACAACAUCACAUUUACACUAUGCAAACAAAACACUACACAUUUGUUGGAAUGAAUUCAUGAACUGAAAGAAAUACUUUAUUAUCAAUUUUGUUAUGUUUACAUAUAUUUUAAAGUAUUCUUUUAGGCAUUCCCUCGAUGGAUGGUUGUUUAUUUCGAAGCAUGUGAAAUAAGUUUGUGCACCAUAUUAUAUUGUUACAGAUGAACCUGAUUAGAAAUAAUACGUUUCAAAACCAUUCAGACAGAACAUAUUUAGUCAUAAGUUAUAUCAGUUGUUAUUUGCAAACUGUUCGUCUAAUUGGCUAAUGGAUGACACAUGUUCGCAUAUAUUCAACUUCUGCUACUUUAUACUUCUACUCCACUACAUCUCAGAGGUAAAUAUUGUUAUUUAACCUCUACUACAUUUGUCUGACAGCUUUGUACUUCAGAUCACAGUCUUUCAACCCCUUCCUGUCCAGUGAAAACCAUGGAUCUUCAAUGUGUUGAUUUUGAAUCAACUGCUGCUGCAAUUCUCCUGCUUCUUAAGCUAAAUAAAGUAUUUAAAAUGUAUCAGCUGGAAAAUGCAUCAUUACAAAGCUGAAAACAGGGAUGGAUUUCUACAAGAUACGUGGUUCUCACAGGACAGUAACGAUGAUACAUUGUUAUAGAUUUAACUAUUAACAGUAUGAAUAAGUUAAUAUUAACAUUAGCAGAACCUUAAAAAUCGACAGCAGUAAAAU